AUGCCGGACUUCAAGCCUAAGACCGCUGUUGAGUUGGCCCCUCCUAAGGACGACCCUAUCUCUCUGGAAGACCUUGCCAAAGCCAAUGGACAAGACGGAGCGAAAUGCUAUGUCGCCAUUAAGGGAAAAGUAUACGACGUGACUGGCAACAAAAUGUACGCCCCCGGGAACUCAUACAACGUCUUUGCUGGCAAGGAUGCUUCCAGGGCGCUAGGGAAGACAUCCACCAACCCAGAUGAUGUCUCGCCAGAGUGGAAGGACCUGAGUGAUAAGGAGAAGGGCACGCUCAACGACUGGAUCAAGUUCUUCUCGAACAGGUACAACGUCGUCGGAGUUGUCGAGGGUGCCACGAAUUUUGAAGAUGAGCCUGCCGCGGCCUCCUCCAGCUAG